AUGUCAUCCAGUACAUCAUCCCAGAGGUCCCAAUUUCGACCAUGUAUCGACCUUCAUGGCGGUCUCGUGAAGCAGAUCGUCGGGGGCACCUUGGGCACAGACGAUUCGAAGCUCAAGACCAACUUUGUUGCAACAAAACCGCCCAAGCAUUUCGCGGAGCUCUACCGGGAACACGAUUUGCGAGGAGGACAUGUGAUCAAGCUCGGAUCUGGGAAUGACGAAGCAGCCAGAGAAGCCCUGGCCGCCUGGCCAAAUGGUUUGCAGGUCGGAGGUGGAAUCACGGAGAGCAACGCGGAAGAAUGGUUGAAGGCAGGUGCCGAAAAGGUCAUCGUAACAUCUUACCUAUUCCCGUCAGCAAAGUUCUCGCUGGACAGGUUGAAAGCGCUGGAAAAGGAGAUCGGGAAGGAAAAGCUCGUCGUCGACGUCAGCUGUCGGCGGAGAGAUGACAAGUGGAUCGUGGCUAUGAACAAAUGGCAAGACCUGACUGAUAUGGAGGUCAACAAAGAAAGCCUAGAUCUACUAUCACAGUACUGUAGCGAGCUCUUGAUCCAUGCUGCCGAUGUCGAAGGUCUCUGUCAAGGGAUAGACGAGGAAUUGGUCACGAGGCUAGGAGAGUGGGUGACUAUACCGUGUACCUAUGCUGGAGGUGCCAAGUCCAUCUCGGACCUUGAGCUCGUCGACCGAUUAUCACAAGGCAAAGUAGGGUUGACGUACGGAAGUGCAUUGGACCUUUUCGGGGGGACCGCCGUCAAAUUCGACGAGCUUGUGGCGCUAAACAACAAGCUACGAUCCUGA